AUGGCUUCCCUUCGCACUGGUCUCAGGAUCGCUCAGCCCCUGCGAGCUUCGACUCGCAACUUCAACAGCGUCGCUCGCCCCUCCGUCCGUUCGAGCGUGCGUCACUACAGCAGCCCUGCUCCUGGCUCUCAACCUCCUCCCCAGCCCUCAUCUAGCUCGUCCACCAGCAAGGUCCUCCUCACUUCGGUCGCCAUCGCCGCUGUUGCCGGUGGUGCUUUCCUUGCUCUCGGUCAGGAUGACAAGAAGUCCACCCUCGGCGUAGGUGCUGACGGUGCCAACAAGCUCAACGGUUCCAAGAGUGCGCAGGGCGCCCCUGCUGUCGCUCACUCCAAAGAAGACUACCAAGCUGUCUACAAUGCCAUCGCGGAAGAGCUCGAGUCGAACCCCGAAUACGAUGACGGCUCGUACGGUCCCAUCCUUGUCCGUCUCGCAUGGCACGCUUCGGGUACCUAUGACAAGAACAGCAACACUGGUGGCUCCAACGGUGCCACCAUGCGAUUCGCUCCCGAGUCUGACCACGGAGCCAACGCUGGUCUCCACGUUGCCCGUGACUUUAUGGAGAAGAUCCACAAGAAGUUCCCUUGGAUCACCUACUCUGAUCUCUGGACACUCGGUGGUGUUGCCGCCGUUCAGGAGCUUGGUGGCCCCAAGAUCCCCUGGCGCCCUGGCCGCAAGGAUGCCACUGCUGAUAAGUGCACCCCUGAUGGCCGGCUUCCCGACGGUGACAAGGGGCAGGAUCACAUCCGAUACAUCUUCUACAAGAUGGGCUUCAACGACCAGGAGAUCGUUGCUCUUUCCGGUGCUCACGCUCUUGGCCGAUGCCACACUGACCGCUCCGGUUUCGAGGGCCCUUGGACUUUCGCCCCUACUUCUUUCACCAACGAGUACUACAACCUACUCCUGAACGAGAAGUGGAACAUGCGCAAGUGGAACGGCCCUCCCCAGUUCGAGGACAAGUCGACCAAGAGCUUGAUGAUGCUCAUGACCGACAUGGCUCUUGUUCAGGACCCUUCGUUCAAGAAGCACGUUCAGCGUUACGCCAAGAGCGAGGACGAGUUUUUCAACGAGUUCCGAUCUGCUUACGCCAAGCUGCUCGAGCUUGGUGUCCCUGCCGAGAACUUCAAGGCUUUCGAGACCAAGCUUGACGGUGGCAGGCCCUUCGAGUUCCUCACCACCGCGGAGCAGGAGAACGCUAAGCAGUAG